AUGAGAUCUUUGCUGGUCUCUCGACAAGCGAUCCACCGUAUUUCACUGUUAUCUUCAAAACCCCCAACUUUAUGCAGAAGCUUCUCCGCCAUUACAUCCUCGAUUUCUCACUCUGAUCGUUAUCUGAGAAGCUACGACGAGCUAACCCCUUUCAGAAAUGCCGAAAUCGCAAGACCCAUUUCAUCACUCAGUCGACAUUUUCACUCUACUCGUGAGUCCCGACUCAGCGAGUCCGUUGCCUCCCAGAUUGACGACUCUAACGACCUGGAGGAAGACGACGAGGACGAAGACGGGACCACGAACGAGUUCCUCUCUCGAUUCGUUUGGAUAAUGCGUGGGAAAGUCGCAGAAGCUUACCCGGAUUGCGACAAGAAGAUGAUCGACGGUAUGCUUCUGCUCAUCGUCGAGAAAGUCGUGGAGGAGAUCGAAAGAGGCGGUUUCAACAAGGUCGGAUCGGCUCCGCCUUCGCCGUCGUCGGAGUUCAGCGACGAUCUGUGGAGCACAAUCUGGGAAGUAAGUAACACAGUGCUGAAAGAUAUGGACAACGAGAGGAAGAAGGAGAAGAUGAAGCUGUACAUUCAAUCCCCGGAAGUGAUGGAGAUGUGUAGAUUUGCUGGUGAAAUCGGCAUUCGUGGGGAUUUGCUUAGAGAGCUUAGAUUCAAAUGGGCACGAGAGAAGAUGGAAGACGCCGAGUUUUACGAGAGCUUGGAACAGCAACGAGACUCGGAUAACUCAAUCGGAGCAGCAGAUGAUGCAGAAGAAGAUAAAGAGGAAGAAGAAGGGUCUGUUGCAUUAGAUGAGAUCCAACCUCAGAGUCUCUCUCUUCCUAAACGAAAGGGGAAGUUCAAGUACAAGAUCUACGGGCUUGAGUUGUCGGAUCCGAAAUGGGUUGAAACGGCUUAUAAGAUUCACGAAGCCGAGGAAGAUGCUGACUGGAGAGAGCCGAAGCCUGUGACUGGAAAAUGCAAAUUGGUUAUGGAGAAGCUUGAGUCUCUUAAGGAAGAAGAUGAUCCUUCGGAAUUGGUUGCUGAGUGGGCUGAGUUAUUGGAGCCUCAACGUGUUGACUGGAUUGCUUUGCUGAAUCAGUUGCGAGAAUCAAACACCUACGCAUACUCAAAGGUGGCAGAGCUUGUCCUGGAUGAGAAAUCAUUCAAGGCAAAUCUCUCGGACUACUCAAAACUCAUCCACAUGAAUGCUAAAGAGAACCGCACGGAAGCUGUUGAGAGAAUCCUAAGCAAAAUGUCUCAGAACGGGAUCUUUCCAGACAUUUUGAUCGCCACUGCGUUGAUUCACAUGUACAGUAAAUCAGGCAACCUCGAGCGUGCGACCGAGGCAUUCGAAAGCUUGAAGAGCUACGGGUUAAGGCCGGACGAGAGGAUCUACACAUCCAUGAUCAUGGGAUAUGUAAACGCUGGCAAGCCUAAGCUAGGUGAGAGGUUGAUGAGAGACCUGGAAACAAGAGACAUGAGGUGUUCAGAAGAAGUUUACAUGGCUCUUCUUCGAGCUUUUGCACAAGUGGGAGACGCCGAGGGAGCUGCAGGGAUUAACUCUUCGAUGUUGAGAUCACAGGUUCCACAGAAUUUCGAAACGUUUAGCUUACUUGUGGAAGCGUACGGGAAAGCAGGGAAGACGGAAGAAGCGAAAAAGAACUUUGAGCUAAUGAGAAGCCGCGGCCACAAACCGGACGAUAAGUGCAUUGCGCAUGUGAUCCAAGCGUACAAGAGAGAGAACUCGUUGGACAAAGCACUGAGGCUUUUGUUGCAGCUUGAGAAAGAUGGGAUUGAAAUCGGUGUGAUCACUUACACUGUUCUUGUUGAUUGGAUGGCGAGUCUCGGUCUUAUCGAGGAAGCUGAGCAGCUUCUGGUCAAGAUCUCUCAGCUAGGAGAGGCUCCACCGUUUGAGCUACAUGUGAGCUUGUGCUACAUGUAUGCUAAUGUGAGGAAUGAGAAGAAGACUCUUCAGGCUCUUGGUGUUUUGGAAGCUAAGAGAGAUCAAUUGGGACCUAACGAGUUUGAAAAAGUUAUAACUGGAUUGAAGAGAGGUGGGUUUGAGAAAGAUGCGAGGAGGAUGUUUAAGCAUAUGGAAGCUAGGAAGUUUUUGCCUUCGGAUAGAUUGAAGAUCGAUAUGGGUGCGUCACCGUCUUUUGGGUCAGGGUUUAGUAAUAGAAUGAGACGAUGA